AUGUUUGUAUCGAUGAUGGCGUUCAAUGCGCAAGUGUCAGAUCCACGCGUUGGUGGCACGUACAUGACGUUGCUGAAUACGCUGAACAAUCUUGGCGGUAACUGGCCUGUCACUUUGGUUUUAUCUGUCACAGAUUGGUUUACGUGGAAGGAUUGCGUCGUCAAAGGAAGCAAAGAUGUGCUUUAUACAUGCAAUACGAAAGCUCUUGCCGAUCAAUGUUCUGCUGGUGGUAAUGUAUGUGAAGUGGCGAUCGAUGGCUAUUAUAUCUCAGUUGCUGUAUGCUCCGUAAUUGGUCUCAUAUGGUAA